AUGGAGUCCACGAAGAAGGAGGAAGUAGAGGAGGACACCAUCAACAUGGAGAACACCACCGAGGAGGCCACCGAAGUGAAAGGUGCCACCCAGGUCAAAGCGGAGGAUGCAACUCAAGCGACCACCGGUCCACCCACCCUCGACGAGAUGCUCGCGGACCCCAUCGCGUUCCGCCGCUACGUGACCGUCCUCGCCGACCACACGCCCCAAGCCCCGCCCGACCUCUACGGCGACGCUUUCCGGAACUGGGAGUCCCGCCAGCUCCUGACGGCGACGCUCAGCCACCUCCUGGCCGUCUUCAGGGACCAGGACGAUCCGCGACAGCACGCCUGGUGGUUCUACGAAGCCUGGCUCGUGGUGAACAACACCGACUACAAAGAGUCGCCCUUUGUGUCUUUCGGGUCGGCCAGGAGUCUCUUCGGGCGUGAGGUGGAUGGAAGGCGUAAGUGUGCGAGGGUGGCGGCCGGCCUGCCGGAGAUGGGGAAGAGGGGUUCGGGAAAGAGGAAGACGGCGGUGGAGGAUGGGGGAGGUGGGGGCAAGAAGAGGAAGAGCAUGCUGGAGUGA